CAAUCUUUUUAGUUCGUGCUUCGUCGGCUCCUCCUUUCUGAUCACUCUCCCGCCGGAGAUUCAAGACCCCCAGGCUCUAGCUCAUUUAGCAGGGCUAAACUUCUAUCUGAGUCUUUACGAGCAGGAUCCGGGAUGGGUUACGUUCAUUCAGAACGAGCUUAAUCACAAUACCCCCCUGGAAGACAUACCUGGGCGGCUUAAGCUCUUCCUAAUGGAAGAAAAGCUCUCUUCUAUGCGACAAGAUGUCAUUCAGGAAUUUGUGGUGCUUUAUCAAAGAGUAGGGCCUUAUCUACCGAUCGAGCCCUACUUGGUCGAUGAGCUUCGUUCCUAUCUGGACCAUAUUCACGCAACUGAUUCUUUCACUGUUCUCCAAGCGUCUUAUCAAGAUCUGCGGGAGAAUGAGGGAGGAUCCGUUUUCUUUCGAAAUGCUGUUUCCCACAACCGGGAUCUCCUUGAGGCGGAAAGCUCCGCAAGGAGGUGCCUGGAAGUGGAACAGAGGAUCCGGU